CUCUUCGAUAUAAUGUGGAGUGAUCCGCAACACAAUGAUGGUUGCCUACCCAAUAGUCUGCGGGGUGCUGGUACCUAUUUCGGCCCGGAUGUUACCCGCAACUUUUUGGAGCAACACAAACUUGAGUUGCUGGUACGUUCGCAUGAAUGCAAAGUCGAUGGCUAUGAAUUUCUGCAUGACGAUAAGGUGGUAACUAUAUUUUCCGCUUCGAACUACUAUGCCAUCGGUUCGAAUCGAGGAGCCUAUAUGAAGUUGAAUCCCCAUUUGGAACCCCAUUUUGUACAGUAUAUAUCGGCGGCCUCGAAAACACGUCAAUUAACAUUCCGUCAACGCGUUGGCAUUGUGGAGAGUUCUGCCAUCAGAGAGUUGGGGGCAAGGCUGAGGGCCAAACGUAAUGAAUUGGAAGAGGAGUUCCGGAAGAAUGAUCCCAAUAAUAGAGGCUACAUUUCCGUUUCACAUUGGUGUGAUGCCAUGGAGAAGGCCACCAAUUUGGGUCUGCCCUGGCGUUUGCUAAGGCCACGGUUGGCCCCAUCGACCGAUGAGCGAUCCACAAAUGAAGUUAACUAUUUGACAACGUUAGAUUUAUUAGAUACGGAUACUAUUAUUGAAGCUCAAGCACAAGAAACCAGCGUAGCGGAUUCCCUAUAUAAAAACGUUAGUAGCUUGGAGGCAAUAUUCCAUAUUUUGGAUUCGGAUCAGUCGGGUUACAUAUCCCUAAGUGAAUUCAGUGAUGCCUGUGAUUUAUUGGAACAACAUUUACCUGGCACAAAUACCCGUGAACAAUUGUUGGACAUGUGCCGAAUGAUGGAUUUGAACAAAGACGGACUCGUUGAUCUCAAUGAAUUCUUGGAAGCAUUCCGUCUGUGUGAACAGGCGAAAAAUGACCAUGUGGCAGGACGGACACGUAAAGAUAGGUCACCGAAUGCGACGGCGGAGCAGAGUGGCGGUGAUGAUGGUGGUGAAAAACAAAAAACGGAUAGAAGACUCAGCGCCACUGUGGCCGAAGCUGAGGCAGAGUUGAAAAAACUUUUACCACCAACUGCCGAGGAGGAUGAUAUCGAUCCCAAGGAUUGUGAGGCAAAUACAUUGAAACGUAAUAAGUAA